AUGGAUGUCUUGAGUUUAAUCAAUGAGUUCGACCCUCGCAUCUCACACUAUCCCAACUCUUUUGGUCCCAUUAAAGCACAAAUUGAAAUAAUUCCGUGUAAAGUAUGUGGCGAUAAGUCAUCGGGAGUUCAUUACGGCGUUAUAACAUGUGAGGGCUGUAAGGGGUUUUUCAGAAGAAGUCAGUCGAGUGUUGUUAACUACCAGUGCCCGCGACAGAAGAAUUGUGUGGUCGACAGAGUGAAUAGGAAUAGAUGUCAAUACUGCAGAUUACAGAAGUGUCUGGCGCUGGGUAUGUCGAGGGAUGCCGUCAAAUUCGGGCGAAUGUCUAAAAAGCAAAGGGAAAAGGUUGAGGACGAGGUCCGGUUCCAUAGGGCACAACUGGUGCGCCCACCCGGACAGACGAGCAAUGGUGGUCAACCGCCCACCCCUACCACUGUGCCCUCGUCCUACCCCUCACAGACAUCAUCCGAAACAUCUCCCGACAGCUCUGUUCUCGAGCAACAGCCACAACAGCCGUCCUCCUCGAGCCAACACGUGCCCUACAAUGCCAUCACCAAUGGGUACACGCCGUACAACAACGGUGACCUCAAUGUAUAUGCAGAGAAGUACACGCCCUCUGUGUAUACCUAUACACCGCAAGGGAUGGCAACGUUUGACCUCUCGGCCACCACUACUGACUUCGUCGACAGCACCACUUUCGAGCAACAGAGACAACCCAUCGACUCCCUGCCCGACACCAACGGACUCCUCUCCACCACCGUCUCGCCCAACGCUAUCAUCAAUAAUUCACACUUAGAAUUAUUGGCCAAAACUGUGUCUGAAGCUCACGCGAGAACCUGUUUGUACACAACUGAACAAAUCGUUGAUAUGAUGCGCAAACCCAACGACCAAAGUAGGAUCAUAUACUUGAAGAAUCUGUCACACGAAGACCUAUGGCUUGAAUGUGCUUCAAGACUAACGAACGUUAUUCAGCAGAUCAUAGAGUUCGCCAAAAUGGUGCCCGGAUUCAUGAAGUUAUCUCAAGACGACCAGAUUGUUCUCCUCAAAGCCGGAAGUUUUGAGUUAUGCUGUCUUCGGAUGAGUCGAUACUUUGAUUUAUCCACAAAACAAGUGCUGUUUGGCGACGGACUUAUGCCAAGGGAUGCAUUCCUUACACAAGCGGAUAUAACUGAAUCAAAAUUAGUGAACCAAUCGUUUGAUUUGGCGGAAAGUAUAGCUGACUUGAAACUCACGGAAUCAGAGUUAGCGCUGUUCUCUGCGUACGCCUUAAUAUCUCCCGACCGUCACGGCUUGAAAGGCAUUGUCGACAUUCAACGUCUCAAUCAAGCGAUUGUCAAAGCGUUAAGGUUUGAGUUGAGUCGGACUCACAUGAAGCCAUUCAAAGGAGAUGUCAGUGUUUUCGAUGUCCUCAUAACGAAGAUCCCGCAGUUGCGAGAGUUAAAUAUGCUUCACAUGGAGGCGCUCUCGAAAUUCCGACGCGCGUCACCUCACAUGGAGUUCCCACCCCUACAUAAAGAACUGUUUUCCAUUGAUAUCUAA